AUGUCCCCCUCCCGCAGGAUGGCAAACAAGCCGCUGACCUGGCUUGGAUCCCGUGGGACUCGCAGCGUGCCCGGGGGUGGCCCCCUGAGGAAGCUGCCAGGCAGCACUGCGGUGGAGCCAGGGGGCCCAGCUGUGCCACUCUCGCCCGCUGGCUGCAGCACCCACUGCUCCAAGGAGCAUCUUGAGGAUGAGGAGCGGGGACAGGCACCCACCGAGCGGCACAGUCCUGGCACAGAGGCCACCACCAGCCCUGGGGACACCGUGGUCCAGGAUGGGCGAGUGUGCAUGGCACCACUGCGGCCCCUCUCAGAUGAAGGUCUCCGCCGGCGGCUGCGGGCGCUGGGGGACAACCCGGGGCCCGUCACGGAGCUCACCAGGGACACCAGGGGAGGCCAGCAGGGGGAGUCCCAGGGAUCCCCCCCAGCCUGGUUGUCCGGUCCCCAUGGUGCUGGUGUGGGGCUCACAGUGCUCCCCGAUGCUAGCACGGCCGCUCCAGGGCACAGCCCCGAGCUGGCAGCUGCCCUGCGGACCGGCCGCAUCCCCGACUGUGCCCAGGAUGAGCUGGUGCUGGCCCAGCAGUUUGACUGCUCCGACCAGCGCUGGCACUGGCGGGAAGGGCUGGUCAAGUCCAGCUUCAACUACCUCCUUCUUGACCCCAGGACCACCCAGAACCUGCCACUCCGCUCCCACCACCUGAGCCCAGCUGAGUGCUUCAGGACCUUUGUCAAAGCCAUUUUCUACGUGGGCAAGGGGACACGUGCUCGGCCAUACUGCCACCUCACCGAGGCACUGAGCCAGCACCGUGCUGGGACACAGAAGGGCUGCCCCAAGGUGCGGCGCAUCCUGGAGAUCUGGGCGAGAGGGCAGGGUGUCAUCUCGGUGCACUGCUUCCAGAGCACGCUGCCAGUGGAGGCUUACACGCGGGAGAGCUGCCUCGUGGAGGCUCUGGGGCUGCAAACCAUCACCAACCAGAGGAAGGGGCACUGCUAUGGCACGGUGGCGAGCUGGCCGGCGGAGCGGCGCAGGCGCCUGGGUGUUCACAUGCUGCACAGGGUCAUGCGCAUCUUUCUGGCUGAGGGUGAGCGGCAGCUCCGGCCGGCAGACAUCCAGGGUGGGCGCUGAGCACCCUGGGGUGCUGAGGAAUGCUGUGCCAGGUGCUGGGGGGGGCACCCCCUGCCUGCACCUCCCCUCUGCCCUGGCUGAGGAGGUGGCUGUGCUCUAGGUACGGGUUUUAUGUCACAAACACUGGCGAGAAUUUCUCUAUUUUUCUACGAAUAAAUCGCUGCGGGUCUUUUUUUU